AUGGAUAUUAAAAUAUAUCGAGAAAUGCGUGACAAAGUAAAAAACGGGUCCGUGGGCGUCAACGAGACAACAUCAUCGCCGUCAAAUAAUAAAUGGCUUACAAGUUUACAAUGGGCCAUAAAAUAUUAUGACUAUCAAUUUAUUGAGUAUUUGUUAAAUAAAAAAGAUAUUCUAGUCAAUCUUAGUACCGAAUACUAUGGUACAGCUCUUCAUUAUGCUAUUGAUAUGGCUAACGGUGAUGCCGUUCGUAAAUUAGUCGAUGCUGGCGCGGAUGUUAAUUUAAAAUCUAGAUACCGUUCCUAUGAUAUUUAUCCUUUGGACUUGGCUCUUAAAAAAUAUCGAUUUCGUAUUGCUGAAUUUCUUAUAAUUCGUGGUGCAAAUGUUAAUAGUUCAUCCAUUUUGAUGUCAUACAAAUCAAAACACUUGUCUAUGGCUGUAAAACAAGGGUGUGAAGAUCUGAUAAAAUUAGUGGUUGAAAAUAGUGAUAAUAUCUGUGAAAACAGCGAAAAAUAUGAAUCAUUGAUUAUCGACGCUAUACUUUGUCAAAAUAAUAGAGUUUUGGAGUAUCUUUUGGAAAAAGAUAUUGAUCCUAAUACUCCGAGUGCUAAUAGCUGUAAUUUGACAGCUUUGCAUAUUGCGGCUGAUGUUCGAAAUGCAAAAGCAGUUGAAUUAUUAUUAAAUCAUGAUGACAUUGAUGUUAACAGAUUAUCAUCUCAUAGAAAUUCUGUGAUCGAUUAUGCUUUUUUCAAAGAUAAUUUUAUUAUUUGUAAGAAUUUGCUACGUGCUGGUAUUGAUUUUAAUAAAGUUAAGGAUCAUUAUUUUGAUAAUACCCGUAAUGGAUACGAUGUUAUUUCAUUAAUAAGACAGCAUAUUGUUAAGUUGAAUGCAGCUAAAAUGUAUAAUACAACUGAAAAAUUAAAUAAAUUUCUAAAUGCUAACGAAUAUGCAAACAAUUUUAGUAAAAAAUGUUAUGAAGAAAUUCAACUCUUAAAAAAAUCUAAUGUUUCCAAAUCUAGUAUGAGUUUUUAUGGAAUUUUGCGGAAAAGUGUGCAUGAAAUUGCAAGAUUCUUAAUUUAUGCUGACAUUGGUGAUGAUGAUAUUAUUUUUAAUGAUAAAUUUUUGCAAUUUUUUAUGUAA